AUGAAUAAAGUGGGUGAACCACAACUAAUUUUGGAUGCCGUUAACCAUAUGAAACAACUCAUGAAUGACAAGAUUCUUCCUGGAAUCGCCCUUUGUGCUGUUGAUACCUUAAAUUUUGUUCUUGAUAAUACAAAAGCUACUGUACAUCAUGAACUUAGUGAUGAACUAAGAGGAACAAUAACUCAUUUGAUCAAAGCGUAUCCAUCAUCAUUAACUCUAAAAUGUAGUUGUGAUUUAUAUAUGCAUUUUAUCAACCAAACAACGUUAGCAAAUGAUUUUUCUGUAGUUCUUUCAAAUAUAAGACAUAGUGGCAGAGUUCUUCAAAAUAGACUUCACCAAUGCAGAGAUAAAAUUGUUGAUAAUUGUGCAUCAUUUAUUCGUCCAUCCAUAACAAUUUUAACCCAUGGACUUUCAAUGGUAGUUUGUGGGAUUCUGUUAUCUCAUAAAGACACUCAAUUCAAAUUGAUUGUUACUGAAGGAAGACCAUAUAAUUAUGGAGAAGAAGUUAUAAACUACUUAAAAGAGAAUGGUGCUAAAUUUGAGAUUGAAUUAAUUUGUGACACUGCUGUUGCAUAUAAAAUGAAAGAAGUUGAUUUUGUAUUAAUUGGAAGUCAAGUACUAGUAAAAACAGGAGGUUCUGUUAAUUCUGUUGGAACAUAUAAUAUUGCUAUUAUUGCUAAGCAUUUUAAUGUGCCUGUUUAUGUUGCUGUAGAAUGUUUUAAGUUUAGUGACAGUUAUCCAAUAGAACAAGAAGAUGUUAAUCUUACAUUAAUAGAUAAUCCUACAAAAAAAAUUCUUUAUGACUACACCCCACCAGAAAUGAUUUCUCUUAUUUUUAGUGAUCUUUCUGUAUUUACACCUUCUGCAGUAGCUGAUGAACUGAUUAAAUUAUAUGGUGGAUAA